GUAGAAAAAAAUAGGAAAGAGUGAGAGAGAGAGAAGAAGAAGAAAGAGAGAAGAGAGAAGAAAAUGGAUCCAGACGCAGUGGCAAAGGCAUUCGUGGAUCAUUACUAUUCAACCUUCGAUACCAAUCGCAACAAUCUCGGCAAUCUAUAUCAGGAGGCUUCCAUGCUUUCCUUCGAAGGCCAGAAGAUCCAGGGCGCCCACAACAUCGUCGCCAAGCUCACUUCCCUUCCCUUCCACCAGUGCCAACACUCCAUCACCACCGUCGAUUGCCAGCCCUCCGGCGUCGGCGCCGGCGUUCUCGUCUUCGUCAGCGGCAACCUCCAGCUUGCCGGCGAACAGCAUGCCCUCAAGUUCAGCCAGAUGUUCCAUUUGAUGCCAUCACAGCAGGGAAGCUAUUAUGUGUUGAAUGACAUAUUCCGGUUGAACUACGCAUGAGGAUACCCAAGUAUGUUGACGUGAAAGGCCAUAUUAGUUCUUGCCUACAGCUGUUUUGUUUCUGACAUUUUCAUUUGAGAAUCAGUUCUUUAUGGUUCGUUUUGAACGCAUAAUUGUGCUUCUUCUGUUUGGAUUUCUUGGUUGCGAUUGGUCAAAACGCUUUAAAGGAUAAAUGGUUAAAAUUGAUGAAAA